AUGCCUUGCUCGAAAGAGGAACUUGCAGACUCCAUUCGCGAGUUACUUGCGGCGAAAGGUAUCAACAGCGCCCGGGUCAAUAUUGAAAUAUUCCCACAAUCACAAACGACCGAAAAUGGCGUUUCUGUGCAGAGAAGCAGAGUAAGCAUUUCAAUACAAGAGAAAAGCGACGAACCUGGGCAACCGCUUCUGGACUAUCAACCACGAGAUCCACUGAUGAAACCAUGGACAUUCCAGGAGCAAUCUGAGUACUCAACGCAGUCAAGAACGGUAACAACAGCAAGUGUACCGUGGUUGGAGAAAAAGAAUAAUAUUGAACAACAACAAGAAAAUGAAGCCCUUGACGAAACAGCGCGACCAUCUGAUGGAUCUAAACGACCUUCUGCUACUGUUCCCUUUACGACACCCAUGGGGAGGAAUAGUACAGAUACAUCCGCUAAACCAUCCCAAUCCCAACUAUCCCAACCAUCACAAAGAUCACAACCUGUAUAUCCUCAUCCACCAGAUGUACGUCGUGAUUCAAGAAAUUCCCAAUUUUCUGGUUCGCAAGGGGGACCAUCCUCUCGCACAUCUAGUGUGGUGGUUUUGGAGGAUAAUACGAGGAAGGUACCAGAAUACUCUCCGGUAUUUGCAGCAGCGACCCCUGCGUCUUGUUUGUCUACUCACAAUCCGGAACCCACAGCUCCAAAUGAACGUUCCACAAGCAGCAGUUCUCGCAAGAGUAGCAGUGUGCAGCUAGUGGAGUCUCAACCAUUGCGGGAACCAAAGCAUCAACCGUACCUCGGUGAUAGUGAAGGGGCACGUCAACCCAGCAUUCUCUUAUCCUCCACUUCUCUUAAAACGUCUCAGAAUGAAAGAAGCUCUCGAGGCAGCCACGGCGAUGGUGAGGCGUUAAAGUUACCACCAGUGAAUGAGCGCAAGCGUAGUGGAACGUCACCAUUGACCACUAAUAAAGUCUCUAACAAGCCUCCCAGCCACAGUGGUAACAACGUUAUCAUCAACAAGCCGAACAGAGCAGCCACACCACCAAAGAUGGAGACUCCACAGAAAAACAGUAAACAACGGCUGCAAGAGAUGUUAGAGGAGCAGCGGAGGAUGGAACAGAUGAGUGUGCAGAGCCGCGCCCGACACGAGGAGUUAUUGCAAGAAGCCGAGAAGUAUCUGCAGGAACUACAAGAGGCAACAGGAUCCACAUCACCAGCGGCAGCACCGGGAAGUCCUGCGGCUCGUGUUGAAUUCCGCACGGCCCGCUCCGUUAGCCCUCGCGGCACUCCCAACUCCGACACCUUCCCUCACGCCGCCCCGCGCUCGCCCUCUGCACACUCAUUGAAUGGAGGGAUAAAGGUAGUGAAGUUCACACUGCCGCAGGAUGGAAAGGCAAAGGACGAGGCCGUCACGCAGUUAAGCAGCAGCCCGGGUGGGGCACGGCAUCUCUCCAGCAAAGAUAAAUUCUCAACACUGCUGCGGGAGCAGGAGAAAAUGCUACGCGCGAAUAAUGCGAGUGAACAGGAGUAUCAGAAGCUGCUGGAGCAGGCCAUCGAGUAUCACAAACAACAAAAAUACAUAAAGGAAUUGGAGAAACAGCAUGGGGAAAAUAUGGAGGAACUUGAGAGAGACGCAUAUCAAGAAUCCGCCGUAGAAAUAAGAGAGAGGGGGUAUUGA